CUCUGCAGAACAGUGUGUGACGGAGCUGCUGUCAUGUUAUCCGAGAAGUGGGCUUUGGCGAUUUUGCUGCUGCAACUCUGUAGUGCUGGCUGUGGAUUCUGUGGGAAGGUCCUGGUGUGGCCCUGUGACAUGAGCCAUUGGCUUAAUAUAGAGGUCAUUCUGGAGGAGCUCACAGAGAAAGGACAUGAGGUAACAGUGUUAACUUUUCCACAUACUAAGCUCAUUGAUAACAGGAAAACUUCCCCACUAAACUUCGAGGUAUUGCCUUCAGAAGUUCAGAAAGAAUCAGUGGAUAAUAUACACGACAAGUUUCUGUACCUAAUUCUUAAUGUCUUGCCAAACUUAACAUCCUGGCAAUCAACGAUAAAAUUGAAGGAUUUUUUUAUUGAAACAACUGAAAUUUUAAAAAUCCUCUGUGAGGGUGUAGUCUAUAAUCAGACAUUCAUGAAGAAGCUCCAGGAAACCAACUACGACGUGAUGCUUAUAGACCCUGUGUUGCCCUGUGGAGAGCUGAUUGCUGAAUUACUGGCGAUCCCGUUUGUGCUCACAUUAAGAGCAUCAGUAGGAGGCAUGAAGGAGAAGCACUGUGGGAAACUUCCCGCUCCACCUUCCUAUGUUCCUGUUCAGAUGGUGUCACUAACAGACCGAAUGACCUUUCUGGAAAGAGUUAAAAACACAGUGCUUUCAGUUUUCUUUGACUUCUGGAUCCGGGAUUAUGACAUUCAUGUUUGGGAUCAGUUUUACAGUGAGGCAUUAGGAAGACCCACUACAUUAUGUGAGACUCUGGGGAAAGCUGAAAUUUGGCUAAUUCGAACAUACUGGGAUUUUGAAUUUCCUCGUCCAUACCUACCUAAUUUUGAAUUUGUUGGAGGACUGCACUGCAAACCUACCAAACCUUUACCUAAGGAAAUAGAAGAAUUUGUCCAGAGCUCAGGUGAAGAUGGUAUUGUGGUGUUUUCUCUAGGAACAAUCAUCCAAUAUAUCACAGAAGAAAAGGCCAAUCUUAUUGCCUCAGCCCUUGCCCAGAUUCCACAGAAGGUUUUAUGGAGACACAAAGGAAAGAAACCAGCCACAUUAGGAGCCAACACUCAACUCUAUGACUGGAUACCCCAGAAUGACCUUCUUGGUCAUCCGAAAACCAGAGCUUUUAUCACUCACGGUGGAACAAAUGGGAUCUAUGAAGCUAUUUAUCAUGGGGUCCCUAUGGUGGGAGUUCCCAUGUUUGCUGAUCAGUAUGAUAACAUUGCUCACAUGAAGGCCAAAGGAGCAGCUGUGGAGGUGAACAUAAACACAAUGACAAGUGCAGAUUUUCUCAACGCCUUGAGAACAGUCAUUAAUGAUCCUUCUUAUAAAGAGAAUGCUAUGAGGUUAUCAAGGAUUCACCAUGAUCAACCUGUAAAGCCUCUGGAUCGAGCAGUCUUCUGGAUCGAGUUUGUCAUGCGCCACAAAGGAGCCAAACACCUGCGGCCGGCUGCUCACAACCUCACUUGGUUCCAGUACCACUCUUUGGAUGUGAUUGGGUUCCUGCUGGCCUGUGUGGCUGCUGCUAUAUUUUUGGUCACAAAAUGCUGUUUAUUUUCUUGUCAAAAACUUGGUAAAACAGGAAAGAAGAAAAAAAGGGAAUAGAUCUUUCCAACUUUGGCAAAGGUCUUAGUGGAAAAUCCUGUUUAUUCCUGUGCCUUCUUCCUGUUUUCAAAUUACUGUUCCCCUUAGCCUAGUUUUCUUUAGCCUAAAGAAAAAGCCUAGAAUUCCACAAGAGCAUUAACUGGUGAGCGUGUCCCAUUCUUCCUUUUUUUCCAGUCCCAGUUUACUGUUAUCGUCUUCUUCUUUGCCUACUUUCUGACAUAGGGACAUUAAUAGCUCUAAAAGUCCUAUUCGUGACAUGACUAUUUUAAUUUUAUAACCUUCAGUGAUAUGGUAAUUGCUGGAGAGAACAAAAGAUGAACUUCUUGGGAAUUUCAUGGUUAUAAGGAGCUUAGACUAAUACAGUUCACAAAUUGCAACAGAUCAUAGAGUCAGGGCAGUAGCCUCAAAAAUUAGUUUGCUAUGAAAAUAUGAUUUCCUAGUUAAAUAAAAAUAAGCCUCUCUACUUACCCAAUGUUAUUAGGAUUAGGCCAAAAUUGAAAAUAAUAACGAUGGGACAUUCUGCUUUGUAAUGUUCACAGUUUCCAGAAAACUCAGCAUCAGUCUGCUCAGGUUCCAUAGCAAGAUACUGAAGACUCAGUGGCAUAAGCAACAGUAAUUUAUUUUUUUUAUAAUUCAGGAGGCUACAAGUGCAAGAUCAAGAUAUCAGCAGGGCUGGUGAGGCUUCCCUCCCUGACUUGUAGACAGCCAUCUUUACCUUCACCCUUUGUCCUCUUGUGACCUUUUCUCUGUAUGCCCAUGGUAAGAAAAAGAUGCUUUAUGACUCUUCCUCUUCUUACAAGGACACAAGUCUUGUAAGAUUAGAGUCUACUCUCAUGACCUAAUUUAAUAUUAAAUAUAUUGUUAAAGGCCUAUUCUCCUAACAUAGUCACAUUGGGAGUUAGGGCUACAACAUAUAAAUUUGAGAGGGGUACAUAAUUCCGUCCAUAACAAGCUCUACAAAACCGUUAUGCUUUUUUUUGCCUUAAAUCAACAAAUAUAUAUUAUGUGCCUUUUAUAUACAAGGGACAACUGUGAGCAUUUGCUUAGACAAUAAAGAUAAUAAAUGGAAUGAUUAUUUUUUCAACAAGUGAAAAUGUCAGUAAUGUC